GGGGGGGGGGGCGCUUAAACAAAGGGAGACAACAGAGACGCGAACUACUACUAGGGGAGGUAAUAAGCAGCUGGGAACAGACAUUUUUGUUUUUAUAUCGGAGGUUUCCUAUGAUUGCUUUAUAAAACGUGCUUAAAAAAGAUCGGAUUUUUUUUUUGUGUUGCAUGAUUGAUUGUGGCGAUAGCAAAGACUUUAUGAAACUGCGGGCAAACUAUUUCUGACACAACGCCAACUUGUAAAAGCCCAUUAGAUAACGUAGUUUAUAUUCUUAGUUAAACCUGGUUAGGUCAACAUUCUCGGCACGCACGCACGAUCACGCAUGCGCGAGAGACCUAUGACUGGCACCCUGGCGCGACCUGAACUGUGCGAUCUUGUUCAAUGGUCGGGGGAGCGUGUGCCGUGGGACUACUCGCCAGAGCGCAGCUUGUUCCAAUCGGGACAAGACCAUCAUAAUUUGCCCCCAAGACCAAAGACCUCCAUAGGCGCCGCCCGCGGAGAGGCCCAGUUCUACUCAGAGAGGUACAGGAGGAGGAACUCUAGCACUCGAUGCGGGUACUACUCCACGUCUGCGACAGCCACGUACACUUCUGACGAUAAGGCGAGCGUCGAAGCGCAUCGUUUUCACCCAGACAGCGGGAGGCGUGUGGCGGCGGAGAGCACUGACCUAGUCGUCGCAAGAGGACGCAGAGUGUCGGCUGAUGUAAGCGAUCGGGUGGCUCUGUCAACUCUCGCAUCAUCGCGGCCUAAAACAUCCACCCAUAGAAGACACUCAGAAUACACAUUCAACUACAAUGUUGACACUAGAAGUACAGAGGACAGCGGCGGGAUUGCAAGCGCCCAGCAGACGUUAACGUAUCAAACAUCUGCCACCUCCGUGAAGUGUAAACCGCACAGUCGUGAGCGCAGGACAUCAACGGGAUCCGCUGUCAAAAGCGGCGCACCCAGAAGGAGGUCUCAAAACAGUGUCACGUUUACCGUUCCCAAUGACCCUCAGACUGAAGUUGCCGCCUCUGUGCCGCAGCCUGACAAGGUCCGGACGUUAGAGAGCCGCAGAAUGAGUGCUCCUGAACUUCCGCCCAUAGUGGAUAACAAAGGGCGAGCAUCUGUUGUCACCACAAGAGCAGAUAAGCGGAAUUCUUUGAGUAAUACAGGAAAUCACCGAGUGCCACUAGUCCAACAAGCUCCAAGUAUAAAAUCCAAGCCGUUCACAUCCCGUUUGAUCAGCACAGAUUCGGGAAACAACCAGGAGACGGGAAAAAACAUUUCCGGGAUAGAAAAAACCGUCAAGAAGAAGAAAGAUCUCCCGAGGAAUUUUAGCGAGCCCCUCCUGAGUGGACUUCUUGGCAACGCCUCUACCUUAAGCCAAGAGUCAAUCUCAACAAGCAGGUCGUAUUCUACAAACAAUGCUGACGCUUUAUCCGGGAGCGGCUCCAAGCAGAUGAAGUUUUUUUCCAAUGGUAACAGGGCGCUGUCAUGGUGCGCCACAGACACCCUUGGGUCACAGAAUAAGCUAGAGACUCUCUUCGAGGGCAAAGUCCAGAACCACGGCAACGAUGCUGAUGGGGUCUUUCUCUCGAAAAGCCCCCCUUCCAACCAGGUGCCGCUCUUGCAAAGCAAGGCGAGCAGCGCCUCAAGCACAAACAACAUCAUCUCCAUCAUCAGUACCGCAAACAACGUCAGCUACGACGACAACAACAACACCAGCGCCACAAACAGCAACGCUGAUCCCAGCGCUGGUCACCACCGGAGCAGGAAAGACAGAGGCCGGCUGCAGUCGCUCAACGCCUCUGAAACUCCCCGCGCCAGAAUGCACAGGUCCAACUCCGAAAAUAAACUCAACGGGAAUUUCCUAACGCAAGACACCAACAACGCCAAGCACAGGAAAUCACAGCCUCAUCGAAACCAGUCUGUUGACAGAGUUGCCCAUCAGGCAACGUCGCCCCAAAGAACUCAGAACAAAACUAAUGGGCAGUCGAAACAUGUAAGUUAUCGUCUGCGAAGAGCGAGCUCUAACGUAGUACUCAACACUACCAAUACCAAUAGAGACGAAGACAAUAACCCAAUCGACGAUUACGAUUACCAAGCAGAUGACAGGGAGUUAUUAAAUCAGGCCAGGAUAGAAGCUUGGCUCAACGUUGUUAAUAACGUGGACGAAUACGAUACCGAUCCUUUAGAUAUGGAUUACAACUACACGGAUGAGACCCCCCAAACCGAUACUGCAAUUCAUCUAGUCUACGAAGGGGAUUAACAUUCUGUUGAUGUCAAUGACAUUAUGAGAUAAUCGAUUCCUCUCCUCCCAGUGUAUUACGACCACUAUCCAGUGACUCAAUUAGGAUAUGUUUGGGGAUGUUAAGACAUAAAAUAUAGAUUCUCUUCAUACGCCCCUAUUUCAUCCUAUCUUGUUUACAACAAAAUGUUGUUACGCCUCUGUUCGUGCUCUUUGAGCGAGGACAAUAGAUCCAGCUGAUGGAGUUUUACUUAUCACCAACACACUUAAACAGAGGUGAAUGUACAAAGACAUUUGAACAAAUUCUAUGGGCGAUUUUCAUACAUGGAGGCUAUAAAUAGCAAGCAUUAUAGGUGUGUCCGGUGUACACAAUAAAGAAAGUGCUGAUAAGCUAUGAUUUUUAAAAGUUCAAUAAUAAUAAUUUGUCUUUGCCCUUUUUAGAACUGCUCAAUCAAGUUUAAACCUCUUCCGUUUGUAGGUUUUAUUUAGUGGUUAAAAAUGAAAGUUCAUUUGAGCGUCCUUGACAUUGUUUAGUUUAUAACUUUUGCAGACCAAUGCUUGCCUGUUUUUUUCUCGUACUUCCGGUCCGGGAAGAGCUGCUAAAAGUAAAUGCAAGUUAAUAAAUAAUAUUAAAAAAAUCAUUUUAAAAUAAACAAGAAAAGGUUAUAAGACUCCAUUAUACAACUUUAAAUAUUAGAAAAUUAACAUAACAAUUUUUUUUUUUAGCUUUAACCGGAUAUUGAACUCAUGAUUUUGACAAUGUCAACUCCUUGAACGAACGAUGCUAGCAAUGGCCCUCAUUCACCAAUCGUAAACAAACAACAUUUAGCCACGUGAUUCUAUAUAUCUUCUAUUUAAAUUACGUAAUCCAUAGUGGCUGUCACGUGAUACGCAUUUUUCAUUGUUUUAUCAAUAUUAUGACGUGGCUAAAUGUGUUUACGAUUGGUGAAUGAGGACCAUUAGCUCAGCAAACAUUGUAUGAUUGAGCAAAUAUUUAUUGAUACUUUCAUUACAUAGCAAUCUAGAACUAGAUAUAGACUUCUGAUAUAGAAUUCUUAUGAUCUUAUCUAGAAUCUAGACGUAAUCUAUAUUAGAUUUCAGUAAAAAUAUAAGCAAAGCCUAGAUAAUCUAUUAAUAAACUAUAAGUAGAUUUAAAUUGAACAAACAGCUAAGUUAUAGAUACACUACGGCUGACUAAGCAAGAUUUUUUUACUUCAAUUUACAGCCAAAUUUAAAUUUAUUUCAUUUUUUACUUGAAAAAUUAUAACGGUCAAAUUGGAGUUUUCGUCGUGUGGCCAAUAACCUAGUAAUUCUUUUCUAAGCGAUAUACAUCAACUGUUCAAUUUCUAGGAAAAUCGGUAAAGCCGUUUUUUGAGAUCAGCUUCCAUGCAGGCUCCUGGUUCCAGGAUCCAUAAAGUUCUGAAUUGAAUAGAGGUAUUGUAUGAAAAGUGCAGUGAUACUCAACAGUAUAUUUAAUCAGACAGUCCAAGUAUUUUGAUAUUUCCAGAUUUAUUUAGUCCACAUUCUUUAAUUGCAAUGACUUAAUU